AUGAAGAUCUACGAGCUACCUCAAGAAACACGAGAACGAGAUGUCCAUCCACAAGACAGAGCUCAAACUUCUCUUGUUUGUUGUUUGGAUAACGACAAAAUUCCUGGCUUAUUCUCUGAGGUUUUAAUCCUCAGUUUCGGCCUGAGAAUGAAGGUAAAAAUGAUUUCUCGGAAUCCAGAUGACUACCAGAGGGAGACGAACAAGGAUCUUUACAAAAUUGUUCGUAACUGGAACGCUCCUCAGGAUCCGUUUCGCGCGCAAACGGAGUAUACUAGAGCACUUAAUGCUACAAAGUUGGAGCGAGUUUUCGCGAAACCGUUCGUUGCCAGUCUCGAUGGCCACGUGGAAGGAGUUCAUAUCUUAACAAAACAUCCCAAUAGACCAUCUAUCGUACUUUCUGGGGCACGUGAUGGCCAAGUCAAAGUAUGGGCACUGGCUCGGCGGCAUUGUCUGGCUACUUUUCAGACGCACAAUGGUCCAGUCAACGGAAUUUCCAUCGAUGUUGCUGCAGGCAAUAAUUUUGUUACUGUUGGACAGGAUUGUACAAUUAAUCGAUGGAAGCUACCGCAUACUUCAAAUGCUAUAGGCGGAGUUAUUUGUGAACAAACUGACUCUAUCAGUCUUGACGGGGUACCUCAUGCUGUUUCGCAUAUCGCAAAUUCUUCCGAGUUCGUUACAUGCGGUGACGGGGUCAUCGUUUGGGGUGCGCAGGGGAAUAAGAGGAUACGCGAAUAUGACGUAGGGCACGACACUGUACAUGCUAUUCGUGCAAACCCAAUAGAAGAAGCUGUUUUAGUGGGAGCCACUAGUGAUCGCUCCAUAUUUGUGAUUGACACUCGGCAAGCGGUGCCUCUAACAAAGGUAACAAUGAAACUGCGACCGAAUCAGGUUGCUUGGAAUCCUAUAGAGCCUUACACCUUCGCUGUCGCUAGUGAUGACUACAACCUCUACACAUUCGAUAUGCGUUACCUCGACAAUCCAAAGUAUCUACAUUCUGGACAUACUGCUGCAGUUAUUGAUCUUGAUUUUUCCCCCACUGGUCAAGAGAUCGUGUCAGGCUCGUUCGAUAGAUCUGUGCGGAUAUUUCGCGCCAACGAAUCGAGAAGCAGAGAUGUUUAUCACACUAAGCGUAUGUCAAAUGUGCUAUCUGUUCUAUGGUCAAUGGACAACAAAUUCGUACUUUCUGGAAGCAAUGAGAUGAAUGUAAGAGUGUGGAAAGCAAAAGCGGCAGAGAAGCUUGGCCCUCUGGCGCCCCGUGAGAAAGCAGCCUUUGCGUACAGCGAGAAACUUCGUGAACAGUUCAAAGAGCACCCGGAGAUUCGACGAAUUGCACGGCAUAGGAAUGUGCCAAAGAGCAUUUUACAUGCCAGCCGAGAACAUGCGGCCAUCAGGGCAUCCCAAUCCCGCAAAGAAUUUAAUCGUCGAAAAGCAGAGGGUAUCAAGGACGAAGAUAUCGAGUUUGUGCCUCAAGUUAAGAAAUCAAUGGUCAAAAAGAGCGUACAACCAUUAUAA